AAUAGCUGGUUUGUUUUCUUUCGCCGUCUUUCUCCUCCAAACCUUUUCCUUUCCGAUUCUGCAGAUCUCUUUCUCUGUGGGAUUGUGCCGGAGAAUCUCGUCGCUCCGAGCUCCGGUUCCUCUUUCAAGCUUACAAACAUUGCCCCCGUCUUCGUCUUCGAUCUUCAUCUGAAGUUUUUCUUUAUCGGCAAUCAUUUUUUCCGAGAUUCGAUGGCUCAAGCCGUUGAAGAAUGGUACAAGCAAAUGCCUAUUAUCACCCGCUCCUAUCUCACUGCCGCUAUCGCUACCACAAUUGGUUGUUCCCUUGAUAUUAUCUCUCCGCAUCAUCUUUACUUGAACCCUAUCCUGGUGGCCAAGAAGUAUCAGUUCUGGCGUCUCAUUACCAACUUCCUCUUCUUCCGUAAAAUGGAUUUGGAUUUUUUGUUUCACAUGUUUUUUCUUGCCCGAUACUGCAAACUUCUGGAAGAAAACUCUUUUAGGGGAAGAACAGCUGAUUUCUUUUAUAUGCUCUUAUUUGGGGCCACGGUGCUGACUGGAAUUGUUUUGGUUGGGGGAAUGAUACCAUACUUGUCCGAGUCAAUUGCCGAAGUUAUAUUCCUUAGCAACUCACUGACAUUCAUGAUGGUUUAUGUGUGGAGCAAGCAAAACCCAUUCAUCCAUAUGAGCUUCUUAGGCCUCUUUACUUUCACGGCAGCUUACCUGCCAUGGGUUCUAUUAGGAUUCUCUGUACUUGUCGGGGCCAGUGCUUGGGUGGAUCUACUGGGUAUGGUUGCUGGUCAUGCUUAUUAUUUUCUCGAAGAUGUGUACCCACGAAUGACAGGGCGUCGACCGUUGAAGACCCCGUCCUUUAUCAAGGCAUUAUUUGCUGAUGAAGCAGUUGUAGUGGCACGACCCGUGGAUUUGAGAUUUGCAGCCCCUGCUGCUGAGGAUAUUCAUCAAGAUUAGUUUAUUAGACAUUUGAGCAAUGAACUGGAGGUUUCCAUCUUUUGGGCAUUCAUCCACCCUUGAAAGGAGCAACCUCUGCUGAUAACGAAUUGUAAUUUUCAUCUGUAACAUAGAAUACACCAAAUUUGACUUUGUUUUCUUUUUCUUGGUAUUGCCUUUGUGCGAGCGAUAGUGAAUCAAUCUCAAAUUUAUUCGCACAGAA